AUGAUCAUUAAAGAGUUUCGCAUAAUUCUGCCUUUAACGGUAGAUGAAUACCAUGUUGGACAACUGUGGGCUGUUGCAGAGGCAUCCAAAAAUGAAACCGGAGGCGGAGAGGGAAUAGAGGUUCUGUCACCUUUAAAAGCCAACGGUGAAGAAUUCUCCUCUGGGCAGUACACUCAUAAACGCUUUUAUCUGGCCAGAAAAGUACCUGGUUAUAAUCCUAAAUAUAUGCAAGAUAACUUUACUCUAAUGAUUGAGUCUAUGCAUAUACAAGAUAAAGUUAAUAUCGAAAAUAUUCACAACCUUCCACCAAAGCUCUUGGCUCAACGAGAAGUUAUUUAUAUUGAUAUUGUAAAUGAUCAAUUGCAUAGUGCUUCUGACUAUGAUGCAACAUGUGACCCUAGAAUAUAUCAGUCAGUAAAAACUGGUCGAGGUCCAUUAGUAGGCCCAAGAUGGUGGGAAAAUACAGAUCUACCAAUAAUGUGCGCCUACAAACUUGUCACAUGUGAAUUUAAAUGGUGGGGUAUUCAAAGCCGAGUUGAAAAUAUGAUACAGAAUCAAGAAAGGCGAAUUUUCCUUAAUUUCAACCGUCAGGUUUUUUGUUGGCUUGAUAAAUGGCACGGACUUUCUAUGGACGAUAUACGGGCUAUAGAAAAUAAACUAAAGAAGAAUUGGAUGAACAACGCCUUGUCGGUAGUGUUCGUGGCACUGUGGCUCAUGACUAAAAUACUAGCAUUAAUUGAAAGUGAUAAUUUGCUGAUUUAA